AUGACCCCUCGUCGCUCUUCCCGAGCUCGCCUUACCCAGCCUUCUCCUACCCUCCUCCAACAGGUCAACUCCUCCAGCUCCUCCCAAUCCAUGGCGAGGGAAAGAAGUACCCGGUCGAACCAUAAAGGCCCUUCUCCGCAGGGAUCGUCUGGUCAGCGGUCCCAGUCCAUCGACGAUGGCGAAAACGGCUCGAAAAAUGACCUCCCACACACGCGGCAGCGCCAACGCGCCCGCGACGACGAAGACCCUGAUCCACCCCGCGAACAAGACGAAGAUGACCCCGAUGAGGAGGAGGAGGAGGAAAUCACCCGGUGUCUCUGCGGCUCGCAGGACUAUCCGGGUUUGCCUCCCUCUCGUCGUGAGGCCGUCGGUCGCGGCGGCAAACCCGAGUCGGGACUCCCGCCCACCGACUCGUCAGACAUCCUAUCGGACGAUGUUGGCAGCAUGUUCAUUCAGUGUGACUCGUGUAAAGUGUGGCAGCACGGUGGCUGUGUGGGUAUUAUGGACGAAGAGACGAGUCCCGAUGAAUAUUUCUGUGAAGAGUGUCGCAAGGACUUGCAUAAGAUCCAAGGCGAACCGAACGGACAACGCUCUUCAACCUACCUCCCCGUCGCACCGAUCGCCCACUCCCCGGCCCCAUCCUCUCCAGCCUCCUCCCGAGAUACGUCACGGCGCUCCAAGGACCCCAAGUUGCGGCUUAGUGAAGGCGCUAUGUCAAGUACGAAGCGGCGCUCCACUAUGAACAGCCGCGACGCCGCCUACGAUGAAGAGGAACUCAUCCGACGGGCAAUUGAGGAGAGCAAGGAAGACAAUAAAACCUCUGAAGAUGAAACCACGAUUCGGCGGGGGAAACGCAGUCGAAGUGAUAGCGAAGCCAACAGGGAAGGGACCAAGCGCCAACGGACAGCUUCACCAAGCCCCGAUCCCGCAGCGAAACAGAAUACCGCUACCUCUCAGCCUCCCUCGGACGACGAGUCUAAAGCCAAAUCCACAGCGAAUGGUACCCGAAGACAAAGAGCUGCGUCUCGAGGCCAGAAGGAAAUGGCGAAAGAGCUAGAGGAAGUAGAGACAGAAGCUCAACGUCGCAAGGAAAGAUCAAGUCGACGGAGAGGCGAAGAAUCCGAAAAUGGAAGUGUAUCCCCGGUCAAGGCCGCUCCAAUUGAGCCUGAACCAUCACAAGCGAGCCCUAUUACCCCUACACCUCAAGAACCAGUCCCAUCUCGCCAAUCCACGCGCAAGUCAGGCCGUCCUGGUGCGCGUCGUGGCGGCCGCGUCGGCCGCAACCAAUACACCAAGGAUCGGGAUGUCAACGGCACUGGCACGGAGUCGGCUAACUCACCGCGCCGCGGCCAGUCGCACGAUGUGGGAGCGGACUCGCCUCGGGUGGGAACCGCCGGUCCCAACGGCACACAGAUGAACGGCGGGGAAUCAGGGCGGCCAAGCAAGCCGCGGCACAUGCAUCCACAGCGGACAACGAUGAAUGAGAUGAAGCGACGCGUCGCAGCCAUCCUAGAGUUCAUAUCGCGCAUGCAGGUCGAGAUGGCUGUCGCCGGGGAGAACUCCUCCACCCCUACCGGCAACGGAGACCAGGCGAAUGGCUUGCUGCUGAAGAGCAUGGUCGAUCAGAUCGAGAGCGCCAUGCCGAUAGCAAUCAGCGAGGGCGGCGAGUCCGGGCCUGCGACUACAGACGGCGACGGCGACACUUUGGCUCGCGAGAAAGACUUCAAAGAGCUAAGCAGCGUGGAGAUGAUGGACGUGCUGACCCGCCAUUUGCUCAAAUGGCAGCAAGAAUACGGCAAGUUUGGCGAGCGGUAG